AUGACAGGAAUAUUCACCUAUAGAGAAUUCUCCUUACGGGACACACCACCGUUGGAUGGGAAGGUGGCUUUGGUAACAGGUGGUCACGGAGGCAUAGGAAGAGAGAUCACCGCCCAGCUUCUUAUUCAUAAUAUAGACAGAGCCUUGGUCCUCGGUCGAAACAGUGACAAAUUUCUAGCAGCCAAAGAAGAAUGGCAACGUCGUCAUAUCAACCUAGGCAAGGACGACAAAAGAGUCAUUUUCGUCCAAUGUGAUUUGGGUGAUAUCUUCGCUGUGAAGGAAGCAGCUGAUCAGGUCAGAAGUAUAACAGAACGACUAGAUAUCCUUAUUUGCAAUGGCGGCCUUGGUGUCACAACCAAUUACGAACGAUCACCCCAGGGAGUGGAAAUGGUCUUUGCGGCAAACUGCGUUGGCCAUCAGGAAUUGGUCACCCUGCUCCUACCACUUCUGAAACGCACAGCAAACCAGCAUAGUGAAUCCAGAGAAGCCCGGAUUGUUGUCACUAGUUCCUCGCUGCACUCGGUAUGCCGUACCUUGGACUUUAACCAGCUUACCACGCCUGCACGUGUGAUGCCUAUGCAUCCGUAUAUUGAUGGCUUCUGGCGUUAUUGUCGUUCCAAGUUGGGAAACAUUCUCUUUACGAGAGAACUCGCUCGUCGAAUUGAGCAAGAAGGCCCUAACAAUAUCUACGUGAAUGUUUUCUUCCCUGGGAACAUUGUCACAGAGCAAUGGAAAGCCUGGGACGAGUAUGUAGGAACUACUCUCGGUGCAGUUUUUCGUUAUGUCUUUUCAAUCAUUGGGCAAAGUACACAAGACGGCGCCGCCACCGCCGUCUAUCUGGCUACAAGUGAUCGGAUUCGUGUUGAUGGGAUUCGCGGCCAAUACUACAUUCCUAUUGCCAAGCCAGACGCAACGACUGACAUUGGUAAUGACCCGGUUCUCGCCCGCGACCUUUGGAAUUGGAUAGAUACCAAGGUGACAGAGCAUCUGGGCCUUCAUUGGCAACAAGAGACCUGA